AUGGCCACCUCCGAUUUAGAAUCCAAAAUCCGCCAAGCGGCCGUCAAGAACCGCCAACUCCUCGCCAUCCUCGCAGACACAGACAACGCAAUCCCUGACCUCCGCCAACAACGCCGCCUCAUCACAGACCUAGACCACCAGCUCAAGGAAUCAGACAAGAUCAUCCGCGCUCUCGACGGUCGCCGCAAAAAGGAACUCAAAGACCAUGAAAAGUUCCGCGACAGCGUCAUGCGCCGCUUUGUGCACAAAGCCGUCGGCAAGCGCGACAAAUUUGACGAGCGCGCCGCCCGCGAGGAGCGCGAGUACUUUGACGUUCUCCAGGAGGAGCACCGCGAAAAGGAGCUCAACAAGAACGUAAAGGAACAGUUGAGCGACGCGCGCGAGGCGAGCAAGGCGCUUGAGAUGGAAGCUAGGCGGCACGAUGAGGCGCAGUGCGAGCUUGACAGUCUCUAUGAUUCAAUCUUCGCGGGCCCGACGCCCAGUUACCCUGAGGAAGACACCCUCGAGCAGUCGGCCGAGCAGGCGCUGCACGAGUACCACGACACCCGCUCAAAAGUGGAAGCCGAGCAACACGCGAUACGCCUUCUGACGGAUGCGAUGAAGCGGAUGGGCGACUCACUGCGGCACAUGGACGAUGCCCUGAGUCACUCGCGCAUGGACAUGUUUGGCGGCGGGACGAUGACGGACAUGAUGGAGCGAAACGCGUUGCAGCGCGCCGAGAGCGCCGCACAGGAGGCGAGGAUGUUGGUGAUGCAGGCGCAGAGGAUGACGCCGUACAUUGGGGACCUGCCGCCGAUCAACAUCAACCAUGGGAACCUCAUGGGAGAUGUGCUGUUUGAUAACAUCUUCUCCGAUAUGGCGUUCCACGAUGAGAUCAAGAAGUCGAGAAUGUCGAUUGAGAAGUGUGCUCAAGUGUUAAGUCGGUAUCUGCACGAGACGAGGGACCGACACAUGUAUCUUUCGCGAGAGCAAAAGGUGCGCGGAGAGAGGUUGGAGAGUACGCGAACGGCGCUGCAGAAGGAGAGGGAGAGGUUAUUCGAACAGAUUGCUGGAGGAAAUAUCGACAUGAAGUUUGCAUCUGACUCUUCGAGUGGUAUGCCAGUUGGAUUGAGGCAUUGA